CCCGGCGAAGGGCUUUCCUGACGGUGAUAUCUGUUUUAGUAUAUGUACCAGUGUGGGGCGGAUUGCCUGCAUCUUCCAGUUUUUCAUGUGCAAUGUGGCACCUUUGUCUUUUGAGUGUGCUAUUGAGAAGACAUCUUUGCAGUAUUUCGCCUCGGUUUUGAGCGUCACGGAGCGUAAUGAGCGCGCUCUUUGGAUAGCCUGGACGUGUUGGAGGACAAUAACAUCUGGAUAACAAUUAAAGAGGCGGCCGGACGGAGUGUCAGCAGCAGCAUCAGUGCGUGAGUGUGUGCAGAGAGCGUGCGUCAUGUCCCGCAGCCAGAUGUGUUUACUCCAGCUGCUCCUCUUGCUGUAGACAGUGGCAUGCCUCUGGAGACGCGUUCGUCGUCAGCUCCCAAACAGUGAACCAAUGUCAUUCCCCCUCGCGGCUCACGGUGCAGCCACCCGCUGAAUAUGUCGGAGGACGCGGCCGCGGCGCACUGCUGCACGCUGACCAACAAGAUCCUCCUGGUGGUGUUUUUGGUCCUUCUCAUCCUCGCCAUCCUGCUGGGGAACUUCCUCACGCUGGCCGUGGUGAUGGGCACCAAGCACUUCCACACGCCGCAAGGGUACCUGAAGGCGUCGCUGGCGGUGGCGGACCUCGCCGUGGGCCUGUUGGUGGUGCCGCUCACCGUUUACGCAGAGGUGUCCCUCAUGCUGCGGGACCCAGCGCCGGACUGGAUCUCGCAGAACUCCCAGACCCCGGCGAUAAGUUUCCACCCGUGCAUGAUCAUCGGCCCCGUGUUCGCGGGCUGCACCCUGGUGUCAAUCUCCACCAUCUUCCUGCUGACCAUCGAGCGGAGCAUCGCCGUGCUGAGACCACUGCACAAGGAGUCGGUCAUUACGCGCAAGAGGACCACCAUACUCAUCGUCUUCUCGUGGCUCGGGAGUUUCUUCCUCGCCGUGUCUCCCAUCCUUUUCAGCAGCGAGAUAGCGCUGGAGUACAACCCCUGCAGCCGGAUGUGUAAUUACGCACUGGGUACGAUCGGGGAGUUUCCGACCCGCGCCUGGAACAUACUUCUCCUUUUCCCAACUUUUGAUUUUACCCUCCUCGGCGGCACGGUGGUCAUAAACAUAAUUUCGCUGUCAACCAUCAGACAAUACUCCAAGCGCAGGAAACACCUGGCUGAGAGCGAGUGCCAAAGCGCAGCCAAACCCACCUUCUCGGACAUCAAGGCUGCCAAGAUCAUCGGGACGUUGACGCUCGUCUUCACCGCCUCCUUCACUCCGAUCGCUGUUUUUGUGGUGGGGAACGUCCUUGGGAAUGAGUGGUGCAACUUCUCGUUCUUCUCCUUCUGGAUAUUGGCCACAAACAGCGGCUGGAAUGUCAUAAUUUACAGCGUGCGCGACCAGAAGUUCAGAAUGCGUGCGCAAAAACUGCUGUGCACCUGUUCCUGCAGGAGCAAUGCCGCAAACACCUGACACUUUGCACAACACGUCGGACAUUAGAAAAACAACCAGAUUAUUAUGGCUACUUUAUGGAUGUUGGACGCAUGUAUAUACGUUGUUCGUGGCUCUUUCUGUGCACCAU